AUGUCUGUGGAGCGUGUGUUAGAAUAUACGCAAGUCAUACCCGAACCGAAUUUACGCGAUAGAGGAAAGUUUGCUAAAAAAACAGAAAAACAAGUUGCACUUCCUGCUAAUGCACCAAAAAAUUGGCCUAUUGAUGGAAUGAUCAAAUUUAGAAGCGUAUAUUUGAAAUAUGUAGAGGAAGAUCCUCCGGUAUUAAAAGGAUUGAAUCUUGUCAUUAAUCCUGGAGAAAAAAUAGGUAUAGUGGGAAGGACAGGAGCAGGAAAAUCCUCUUUAAUAGCAGCUUUGUUUAGAUUAGCUAAAAUCGAAGGAAUUUUAGAAAUCGAUGGUAUAGACACUGGGUCUAUUUGUUUAGAGGAUUUACGACGUAAUAUAUCUAUUAUUCCUCAAGAUCCAGUUUUAUUUUCUGGUACCUUGAGACGCAAUUUAGAUCCUUUUAACGAAUUUACAGAUAAAGCUAUAUGGGAAGUACUUGAAGAAGUAGAAUUAAAGGAUGCUGUAGUUACUGCUGGUACAGGUUUGGAAAGCCGUGUUUUAGAUAGAGGUAGUAAUUAUAGCGUUGGUCAAAAACAGUUAGUUUGUUUGGCAAGAGCUAUUUUAAGAAACAAUAAAAUUCUGAUGCUUGACGAGGCGACAGCUAAUGUAGAUCCGCAAACAGAUGCCUUAAUUCAACAUACGAUACGAAAAAAAUUUGCCAAAUGUACCGUACUUACUAUUGCCCAUCGAUUAAAUACAAUUAUGGAUAGUGAUAAGGUUUUAGUUAUGGAUAAAGGUCGUAUGGCGGAAUUCGAUCAUCCAUACAUAUUACUUCAAAAUAGCUACAGUCAAUUCAAAUCAUUAGUAAAAGAAACUGACCGUGCUAUGUACGAUCAAUUAGUCAAAGGAAUAUUACGUAUACGCGUUUUUGCGUUUUAA